AUGCUGCAAUCUCCCCAAGAGGAGCCAGUAUUGCGCCAGUUGCAUUCGGGAAGGCAUUCGGUGAUCAAGAAGAAUGUUCAGCAGCAGGUCGAUGUUGCCGUCAAGCACGCCGAGAAGCUGCUGGAGGGAGGGCACAACCAUUCGAGAGGCGCCCAGGAGUGGAGGCAGCUGCGGGCUGAGGUCGCAGCUGCAGAGGAGCGGGUGGCAGAUGCCGUUGUCCGGUCCGACUACCUGCAGCGGGCGCAGGUGAUCGAGAACGCCAAGCGGGAUCGACCGAACGCUGCUGACUUGCGAGCCAACAUUGCGCUUGUGCGAUCGAAGCAGCACGAGGUCGGCAAGCGGAUUAUUCACGCUCGGCGGGUACUCGUACGGGAAGUUGUCGACGUCUUUGGUGUGCAGCGGCGCAGGUCAUGGGAGAUUGCGGGGCUGCAGUUACCUUCUUCGCCGGAGCUGUUCCGUUUGGAGCCAUCCCUCCACAUCAAUGCGAUCGUGCUUCACAUCAUUCACCUCCUCAGUCUGAUGACGCGGUACCUGUCGAUUUCGAUCCCAUUCACGCCAACAUUCAACGAGCAAGAGCACGUCGGGCGACCGUACAUGAUCGCGAACCUGCCCUUCCUCAGCACGACCAAGUGGCGGGACAAGCACCUGCUUUGGAUGUCGAGCAAGGCGUACGUCUCGAAGAAGCACGCAGGGAGCAAGCAGGAGAAGGCCCAGAUCGUGCUCAAGUCGUACAAGAAGCACAAGCACUUUCUCGAGAGCUUUGCGCUCCUGUGCCACUCCGUCGCCUACCUCGCGUUUACGCAGGGCGUGCUCGGUAUCGGCAUCGGGCCGCAGAGCUUCCGCCCCGCUCCGUCUAACAGGCGGAAGAGCUCUGAUGAGAACGACUCACCCCGCUUCCUCCCCGGCAGCGACGGCGUGCUCGUCUCUGCGACGUCGGUGCUCGAGCUCAUUGCGCUCACGGCCGAAUCGCCGACACUCGGGUGCAAGUCCCACGAGCCGAGCACGUCGGACACGGUGAAGCACAUGGGCUUCAGCCUCGACAUCUCCGAGGUCGUUGCCAGCGUCCUGACGUGCGAGCACGCAAGAUGGGGAGCGAGCAAGCCCGAUGUAGAAGGCAAAGAGCAUCUGAGCGAGGGCUGGGAGGUCAUGGACAUGGAUACAUAG